AUGAGCAAUUCUUUGCGAAGCAAACAUGGCUGCUGGACUUGUCGGCUGCGCAAGAAGAAGUGCGAUGAGCUCCGCCCUCAGUGUGAGACCUGCGCGUCUCUGUCCAUCACCUGCUACGGCUUCGGGCCCAGACCUGAAUGGAUGGACAGCAAUGAGAAGAGGAGAGCAGUGGCCAGCAACUUGGCAGAGAUGACCAGGGGCCAGGCGUCCAGCCGCAAGACUGCCUCCCGACCUGCCCGAGAGCCUCCCACCCAUUUGCCUCAGCUGGCCCCGAAGCCGAAGAAUGCUGGACCACUGCCAGCGGUGAGUUCACUUCGGACGCCUCCAAAAUCUGAGCGCUCAGCUUCACCCUCACAGAAUGUCGAUAAUGGGGCCACCCAUACCUUGAAAGUCAACCCUCAGGCUGGUGACUAUGGCCUAAUAAUGAAUUUUAUUGAUUCGGUUUUGCCGUUGCAACUACCUCUCUAUAAGCCCGAUGCUGCCGCUGGGGGGCGCGGGUGGCUGUUAUCCUUGGUGUUUCGCACGAAGGCUUUUUACCAUGCCGUUCUUGCGUUGGGUGCGUAUCAUCGGUCCACGGUCAUGUCCCCUCACGGAUCGUGCGAGUGGCAGUUGGAGGACAUGAAAUUCCAAGAGGAAAACCUUGCAUUUUGUUUAGAUCUUGUCCAUGAGUCUACCAGUGGCGCAUGUUCCAAAGAUGGGAGCGGCGUGGGCAUUGCAGCAGCUAUCACCCAGCUGCUCUUCUUUGAACUCUUUACCAAUCACAACAGCAACGGGUGGCAAGCACACCUCCGCGUUCUGGUUAGGUUGUUCAAACAUGUCUAUACAAGGGACUUGAUAAACAUUGGCCUCUCCGAUCAGUCGCGAUCCAUCCUGAUGGGCCGAGAAGAGCUUCGAAACCACUCUCCGGGCGUGACAGAGGAAGUGAUGGGUUUCAGAACAAUUGCUGGGUCAAUUGUUUGGCUGGAUAUCAUUUUCUCCGUGACCACGGGUGAAGCACCUUCUUCAUGGCCAGAUCCUCUCUUUUCCAAUGACUCUGCUUGCCAGGUCCACCUACAAGACAUCAUGGGCUGCCAAAACUGGGUAAUGAUCCAGAUCGGCCGCGUCGCAGAGUUCCAUAAGCAAAUGACACAGGCAUCAGAGCACAAGUGCGACGAAUAUAUGAAGAUUGUGGAAGCCAUUCACAACGACAUCCAAGUAGGGCUUGCAAAUUUAGGUCCCCCGGAGCUGAUGGGCCCCUGCGGCCCUCUGGUUGACAAUGACAGCCCCGGCCCCGACCUAGUGGUCCUGAUCACCUACCUGUAUGCGCAGACUGCCCUGAUUUAUUUACAUCUGAUCCUUCAUGGGUUCAAGGGCUUUCAGCAUGUCAGAGCCCCGAUCGCCAUAGUAACAAACUAUGUCCGACGCGGGGUAAAGCCGGAACUGCGUCCUGCCCUCGUCUUACCGUUCUACAUAUGUGGCUCCGUCGUGGAUGAAGGGGAUAGAGACCUGUUCCGAUCAGUCUUAUCUAGCCCUCCAUUGACGAACCCAUCCCUUCAGCAUCGACCGAGGGUGCUACGGGCUUUGGAGGAGAUUUGGUCCCAGAGUCAGAGUAUGCCUGCUUACACUUGGCAUGACUGUCUAAUCUCAAGCUCUGAUAUCCUACUCCAUUAG